AUGGGAUAUGCAGCUCCUGAGUAUGUUCAAACUGGUCGUCUCACAUCCAAGAGUGAUGUGUGGAGCUAUGGUGUCUUUCUUUUCGAGCUAAUUACAGGUAGGCGCCCCUUGGAUCGAAAUCGCCCCAGAAAGGAGCAAAAACUCUUAGAAUGGAUAAGACCAUACUUAUCAGAUGCUAAGAAGUUUCAGCAAAUAUUAGACCCAAGACUUGACUGGAAGCAUUUUCACAAUUCAGCCCAGAAGCUGUCGAUUGUAGCCAACCGCUGCUUGGCCAGACAUCGAAAAGCACGCCCAAAUAUGAGCGAAGUUUUGGAAAUGGUGAAUAAAGUAGUGGAGGCAUCGACUGGGGUAGGCAAUCCACAGCCUCCUUUGAAACGUAGAGAGCGAAGGCCAACUCCUGGGGAAACUAAAGCUCAAGAUAAAAGGAGACUCAUUCAUAAGAAAAUUGGCGCCAGAGAUUUUACAAAACUUGAAUAG